UGGCAACUGAGCAACUGAAUGACUGACUCACUGGGCAGCAGAAUACAAAAGUCACUUUAGUUCCAAGCAGAUUUUACGUACGUGCGGGUGUAUCACUCUGUGUCGGAGUCAAUGAAAAAUUAAUCACACACUCACCAGCCAGAGCAGCAGCAACAACAAGAGCUACAGAAAAAAAAAGAGAUUCAUAAUUGCAACUGAAGCUCACUCACACAUACCGACAGACACACAAACACACACACAUAGACAUACUCACUCGCUCACGAAUUCAAAGGAAGAAGAAAAAAACCAACAGCGAUUAAAGUAAUUGCAAAUUUAAUUAACUUAACUAGACAACGAACGAGCGACACUGCCAGUCGUCAGUCAGUCAGUUAAUGGCAGUAGCUUCAAAUAGUGAGCGGUAGCAGGCAUCCGACCGAAAGUGUUUUUUUGUAAUAACUAAACGAAUGAAGAGAAGUGAAGUGCAGUGCAGUGUGACUGACGGACCGACGAACCGACUGAUUGAAGGCAUGUCCCGCCGACCACUACCAAGCGACGACGGUGAUACCCAUAAGUAAUUACUGCUGUUGUUGUUGGUAGUUAAGUAAUUACAUGCAUUGUUUGUUUGUGGCAUUCAUACGUUGCAAUUGUUGCCAGUGUUUUUGAAUGUGUGCGUGCGUGCUAAAAUUAUUAUUAUUUCAAUUAUUGUGACAGGUCACGUGAUUUGUUGGCAAUACAACAAAUAAUUAGCAAUACUCAAAGAAAACAACAACAAAUUAAAAAAAAAACAUAAUUAGUGCCAACCAGUGUUUAAUUUAGUCGAAUUGUGCAAUCAAAAAUAAAGGCGCUCCAUGCCUAACGCCACCUUGUGUUGGAUUUAACCUCAUCAACUUGAAAUUUCAAUCAAUACUCUUCGAAAUCACGUUCCCUUGAUCCGGAACAUCUUCGUGGGAGAUUGUCCUGUGUACCUAUUAUGGAAAGUAACGCCUUUGGAAGCAGUCACAUACCGUCACAAGCAUUGGUCGUUUUAUCGGAGGCUGCUUCCGGUUUGCAUGAGGCUCUAAGAGGACAACGUCCAUUCCCCGCACGGUUACCUGACGCCAAAGAUCUCCACAACAUGUCACUAGUCGGCAGUUAUGGCUCCCACUUGCUGCACACCUUCCAUCCCCAUCUCCUGCAGACCCUCAACCACAACAUGCUGGCGGCAAAUGGCUCAGCGGCGGCGGCCAGUUACUUUGCCAGCGAACGAGCCGCUCUGGGCAAGCCGUCAGUGUUGGGUAAUUUCCAAUUGCCAUCGGCAUUUUCACCGCCAAAAUACAUUGGAAUUUCACUGGACCAGAAUCUCUUCAAUGGCAAUGACUCGUUUCGCACCGACUCAGCCAGUCCCACAUGCACAUCCCACGAAUCAUUGGAGGGCUCCAACGACUACGAUGCCGAAAAGGGUGAAAGUCCACGCAGCAAUGCCUCCGAUCCCCGGGAUUUAAGGCAUACCCAUCGCAGUGACAAACCAUCGACAUCAUGUGCCUCCUCCAUGGCUGCCGUCUCGGCAGCAGCCGCCGCAGCUGUGGCCUCCAUAGCCUCGUCACAGGCAGCAGCGGCCGCCUCUUCGGCCACGGUAUCAUCACACAUGUCCCACCAUCCACAUCAUCCCCAUGCUCCGCCCCACCAUGUACCGCAUCAUUUACCCCCGCUCAGUGCCCAUCAUCAUCACCAUCAUCCGAACAGCAGCCUCUUGGCAGCGGCCAGUAUGAGCCAUAGUUUGGGCUUGGGAGGUCCACCGGGUCUGAGACCACCACCAGGCCAUAUACCCGAUAUGUGUCCUGUUUGUGGUAUUAAACUAUCGGCUGAUGAGUGGAACUCUCAUUUUCUAACGGAACUGGAUCGUUUGUAUAAAUUGAGUUCCGGUAUGGAGAGAUCGAAUUUACAGGCCACUUAUAUGUUUGCCCAACCCUGCCCCUCACAAGAGAAUGCCAUUAGGACCAGCCAUAAUCGUUGGGAGACCUUUCAAAGAAUACGCAACAAUCGCCAAAAUCGUUUACGCAUCAAGGUACGUAAGCGUAAAUAUGGCGACAUGUAUUUCAUGGAGAAUAUGUUUUGCAAUUCCUGUCCGAUUUGCAAACGGAAAUAUGCCCUCGAGGUUGGUGGUAAACUGCCAGAUGAUGAGAACAAGCAACAGGAUGAAAUCGAAACUGUGGAUGUGGAAUCUUGCAAUGAUGAUGUACCUGAUUCGAAUUCGGAACUGUCACAGGUACAUCAUGCUCAUAUGCCAGCUCUGAGUGGGAGUAGCAGCCAUAGUAGUAGCCAUAGCAGUUCAGGUGGUGGUGGUGGAGGUGCCAGUACACCAGGUGGCGCCAAUUUGCACAACAGUAAUAGCCAGCCAGGGAAAUUGGAUGGCAUACUGUACAGAACUGCCAAUUGUGCCAUAAGUAAGGAUAAUAUGCAUCAGACAGCCGAGGAGGAUAUUAGCACAAAUGUGGCCACCACCACCAGUGGCAGUAACAGCAGUAAUAGCAGCAGUGCUGGAAGUAGCAGCAAUUGGACAGAAGCUCAUAAUCCUGGCAGUAAUAUCAACAGCCAUACGAAUGCUGCUCAGGGGCAUAUAUCAGUGAAAAAUGUCAGCGAAUUAUCCUCGACAACCCAUCACUACUACAAUGCCGAUUCCUGCAAUGAGGAACGCAGCGCCAAGGACAUGUCCAUGGAUACUUGCAAUAAUGACAGCGAUGAGGAUGUUAUUGUGGAUGACGAUGACUCCAUUAAAAUGGCCAGCUAUAACAAGAAGAGGAAAUAUGAGGAGGCCAUGGUGGGCAGUAGCAGAAUUUCAGACAACCCCUCACCGGUGGAGGAGAGGCCACGUUCUGAGCCCCAGGUUACCAGUACCGAAACCACCGUGGAAAAUCCUCAUAACAAUAAUAAUAACAACAACACCACAAAAUACACAGCAUUUGAAGAUUUGAGAAGUAAACACAUGACCCAUCACGGCCAGCAGCUGCAAAUGCAGCAUCACCAACCACUUGAACGGGAUUCACCCAAUGGUCAUGGUCAUGGACAGGUGGCACCACAACAUCCCGGCCUCAUGCCAGGCCUUGCAGCAGCACAACAACAACAGCAACAAUUGGACUCAAAGGUGGGAAAUAGUUCGGAUAUAAAACCCGACAAUGAAGAUGAUAACAAAUGUUUCAUUUGUAAGACAGGUAUAAAGGACUUUGCGUCGGACACAUUUUUGAGAGGGCGUAACUUUUAUUUCCAUCAGAGUUGUGCCAAUGUCAUGAGCAGUUAUCGUUUGAACAAAGAACUUCAGCAGCAGCAACAACAACAGCAACAUCUUCAUCAACAAACCGAAGUUGGCAGCAGUGAUAAACCAGCCACGGUGACACAAUCCCAAUCGCAGCCAACUUCACAGCAACAUGUUGACAAUGGCCAGGCAACACACAAAGAAAGUUAAGACAAUGAGAAUUGCAGAAAAAGUGAUGAUAACUAUAGCGAAAAUAAAUUGGGAGAAUAAAAAUAAAGAGAAUCUAAUUUGUGGCCAUACAAGAAGGAGAAAUUCUGAUAAAUUUAGAUGUAUAGCAACAUGUUGCCGGACUGGGGCAACAUUCAGAAAAGUACGGUUAUUUCAAUGUCAAAUCAUCAAAUGACAAGCCUAAUUGGUGUCAAGUAUAAAUCUGUGAAAAAUUGGAAGGGAUUUUAAGUCGAGAAAAACAAAAAAAAACAUUAUAGCAACUUGUUGCUAGACUAGGAUUUUCCCUGCAACAUUUGAAGGGAAAAUGCUCAAAGCCCAUAGAAUUUAUGCAAAUUUUGAUAGAUCAUGGUUAAGCAAAUGAUCUCCUUACUCGGAAAUAAAUUUCACAGAGGAUAUUACAUGAAUCACCAAAAUCUUUUGCAACAUGUUGCCAGACACAUGUGUACAACAGCCACUACCAUCUACCACGAUAUCUUCAAAAAGGCCAUAAACCACAAAAUAAAAUAUGAAAGAAGUAUAAUUUAGAUAAGAAUUUUAAUAAUUUAAUGAAAAAAUUUAGAGACCCCCUUCCCCCUCUGUCCCUACAAUCAAAGAACGCGACAAAACAUAUAAAGAAUUUAUUAGAGAAAAAAGGAGAAAAGUAAAAUAGCAAUUUAAAUGUAGUUAAAGAAAAAGAAAAUAAAUUAUAUUUAAAAUAUAACAAAUAAAUUUCAAUUUAAAUGUAUAAAAAUUAUAAUUAUCAUCUACGAAUAUAUAAAAAAAUCCAUGUAAAUUUUGUUUUUCUUUUGUCUAGGUAACUUAAGUGUAGACUGGAUUGUAAAAAACAAGUUAAGUUCUCCCUCCACCCCUUGUAAUGCCUCUCUGUAGAUCUUUUCUUUUUGUUCCCCAACAUUUCUGUUAGAUAAUUUUUCUUAAAGGCUUCAAACAAACAAACCCCUAAUUGCCCUAAAUGUAUUAAUAAUAAAUGUGUAAUUGUUAUUUAUAUAAUUUUAACUUAAUCUAAUUGUAAUUAAAUGAAAGUAUUUUAAAUUAAUGCAAAAACAAAACAAACAAAAAUCAUAAGAAAUACACAUAUUUUAAAACAAAUACAAAAAAAUGAAAUAAAUAACAAAA